AAAACAUCAACAACUAUCGAAUUUGUAUUACUAAAACCACCAUAUUCACAACAGCCAUGUUAGACCUUGAGCUCUCCACUACCCUCCUCGCUUUUCUCCUCCCUUUCCUCUUCUUGUUCAUCGUCAAAUGGAGGUCCAUUUUCACCGCCCUUUUCCCAUCCAAAUCCCCUCACAAUUCUACUAAUAAAACCCCAAAAUCAUACCCAUUGAUCGGCUCUUUCUUCUCGAUCCGCGCAAACCGAAGCCGUAACGUCGAGUGGACAUCAGAAUUGGUAACAAGCUCACCCACUUCCACCUUUGUCCUCCGCCGCCCCCUCCGCCGCCGCCAAAUCUUCACGGCCAACCCUUCCAACGUCCAGCACAUUCUCAAGUCCCACUUCCACGUAUACCCCAAGAGCACCAUCAGUUAUUCCACCCUCGGCGACUUGCUCGGCGACGGCAUAUUCAACACCAACGGCGAGAGCUGGAAGUUUCAGAGACAAGUCGCGAGCCACGAGUUCAACACCAAGUCGUUGCGGAAAUUCGUCGAGCACGUCGUGGACACCGAGCUCAACGACCGUUUGAUACCGAUCCUAUCAGCAGCCGCCAACAGCAACACCGUCCUCGAUCUCCAGGACGUUCUCCAGCGGUUCGCGUUCGAUAAUGUGUGCGCAAUCGCGUUCGGGUACGACCCGGCGUCGUUGGUGCCGUCUCUGCCGCAGGUUAAAUUCAUGACGUCUUUCGAAGAUGCGGUUCGAAUUAGUAGCCAGAGGUUCCAACACAUUCAUCCCCUGUUAUGGAAAGCUAAACGCCUCCUCAAUUUUGGAUCGGAAAAGAAUCUCCGAAAUGCCGUUGAAGAAAUCAGGCGAUUCGCCAAGGAAAUAAUCAAGGAGAAGAAACAACUGUUGAACGAAAAAUCAGAGCUCGAGUCGUUCGAUCUAUUAUCUCGAUUUCUAAGCUCUGGCCACUCCGAUGAAAACUUCGUAACAGAUAUAGUCAUCAGCUUUAUAUUAGCUGGCCGCGACACGACCUCGGCUGCAUUGGUUUGGUUCUUCUGGUUAGUAUCCAGAAACCUUGAUGUAGAAAGAGAAAUUCUCAAGGAGAUUUACGAGAAAUCUGAAUCUCCGAUCUUCGAAGAAGUCAAGGACAUGGUUUACACCCACGCGUCGCUGAGCGAGAGCAUGAGGUUGUACCCGCCGGUUCCACUCGACGGGAAACAAGCCGCCGCAGAUGAUGUGUUGCCGGACGGGACGUUUGUGAAGAAAGGUACACCGGUGGCGUACCAUCCGUACGCAAUGGGGAGGUCGGAGAAGAUUUGGGGGAAGGACUGGGCGGAGUUUAAGCCGGAGAGGUGGUUGGAGAGAGAUGGCGCGGCGGGGUCGGAAUUAGGAAAGUGGAACUUCGUUGGAAGAGACUCGUACACGUACCCGGUGUUCCAGGCGGGGCCGAGGAUUUGUUUGGGGAAGGAGAUGGCAUUUCUCCAGAUGAAGAGGGUGGUCGGCGGUGUUUUCCGACGGUUUCGGGUGGUGCCGGCUUUUGAGGAAGGCAAGGGGCCGGUUUUUGUAUCCUACCUUACGACGAAGAUGGAUGGUGGUUUUCCGGUGAGGAUUGAGGAGAGGGCUUAAAGAUUGUGGUGACGGCGGCGUUUAGUGUCUUCUACCGCUGAUUUUUUU